AUAUAUAUAUAUAUAGCAGAAUUUUCGAUCACACGCGACUUCUCUCUCGCCAGUGAAACAAGCUUCUCAUCAUGGCUGUCGAGUCGAGAUGGAUGCCGUGUCAGCUGAAGAUCGAGCUGAACAUCUGCAGCUGCGACUACGAUGGUAUAAUCUUGGUCUCCGGGAGUGCGCCUGGUUUCGAUGAGCCAGAACCGUUCAAAACGGUUCUCUAUAGCGCUGCACAAAUCGAUUCCGCCCUUGGCAUAAUCGGUGCUGUCCUGUCGAUCAACCUGCCUGCGAAAAGACUUAUUUAUAGUCCAACUGGACCACUCAACAUGGAUUAUCAUGAUGUACGAAGUUUUGGCGAGGCCGCCACAAGGGGUAUUGUACGAGCUCUCAAAGCUGGUGUGAGAUGUCCGUUGCUAGCACUUCUACCAGAUGUCCGUUUUGAAAACGUUGAAUUGGUGACAUUGCUCGGUGCUCUGGAAGGUCUCUAUGUGCCCCUUGAGGUGAGAGAGAUAUGUCCUGAUCGUUGCUACAAGGCUUGUCAACUAGCAGUCUGGAGUCCAAUUUGCAGCAAGAAACUCCAGGGUAUAGUGAAGCUAGCCUCAGCCUUAGAAAGUGGUAGAUACGUCGCGAGGGACAUCGGUGGAGCUGAUCCAGAGAGGAUGGCACCGCCGAGAGUGGAAGAGUACCUGGCCGAAUUGUUUUGCGGUUCGAAUGUGACAAUGCAGGUGAUAUCUGAUCAGGAUACCUUACUUCAGGAGUAUCCUCUUUUCGCCUGUGUUAAUCGAGCGGCCUCGGUAAUACCACGUCAUGCCGGCAGAAUCAUCUUCCUGACUUACGAACCACAGAAUCCUGCCUGCGUUCUAGAGACUGUAAUGCUUGUUGGCAAAGGUGUCACUUACGAUACCGGUGGUACGGACAUUAAAUGUCAAGGGGCUAUGUGCGGAAUGUCGAGAGACAAGUGCGGGGCUGCUGCCUGUGCAGGAUUUAUGCAGGUAGUGAAUCUUUUACAACCACCGACAGUGAAGGUAGUAGCUGCACUGUGCGUGCUCAGAAACAGCGUCGGUGAGAAUUCCUAUGUUGCUGACGAGGUUAUAACUGCAAAAUCUGGAGUAAGAGUACGCGUUGGUAACACGGAUGCCGAAGGUCGGAUGGCUAUGGCCGAUGCACUUUGUCAUAUCAAAGAAAUGGCACUUUGCUCGGUGAAUCCUCACAUCUUUACGAUAGCGACCUUGACCGGUCAUGCUCACUUAUCGGCUGGUACUGGAUAUUCCAUUGUCAUGGACAACGCCGUAGCCAGGCUGGUUAGCAACGCAGAAAAGCUUCAAGCUUCAGGUGAGACAAUAGGCGACCCGUUCGAAAUAUCCAGAAUACGCAGAGAGGAUUUCCGUUUCCAUGAGGGACGUUCGGAGGGAGACGACGUGUUGCAGGCAGUAAACAAAUCAAGUGUGAGAACGGAGAGAGGUCAUCAGGGACCUUCGGCCUUUCUCAUUAUGGCCUCUGGCUUAGACAAAAAUGGUACUCAAUCCGACAAGCCACUAAAAUACUGCCAUCUGGAUAUAGCCGGCAAUGCCGGUGAUAUUCCAACUCAACCAACAGGUUCACCGAUCUUGGCACUGGCUAAACGAUUUCUUCUGGAUAAAAUUAUGCAGUCUUGGAGUAACAAGAAAAAUACAAAAAAGUGAUAACGAAUAUAUUUUUCAGGAU